AUGUUUCUUCUGAAAAGACUCCUCACCAAGGGAGUAAACUCCCUACAAGACAGCAAAGGCACCAGCUGGAGCAAAGUGUCUCUGAACAGGCAAGAGGUUUUCAAGUAAAUCAUGCCCUUUUUGCCUUUGCUUUUUGUGUUGGUUGCUGCCCCAGGUCUUCUAGCUUUUCCAAAUUUUGCCAUCGAGAAUGCCAGUCCUCUUCCGGAAAAUGUCUCUGCACAUACACGGGUUGCCAUAAUCACUGUGUCUGCCUCACCUCAUGUUUCUCUGGUUGGAGAUCCUGUUAUCAUUAAUGCAAAUCCUGCAGUCCAUCCAUUUGUGCUGUCUCGGAGGUCCACACAUCUGUGGGAAUUAUUCACCACUGGAGUACCCAAGUUGGACUUUGAGACGGUGACGCUCUAUUCCCUGGUAAUCUACGCCGAAGACAAGCAAGGGGCAACAGCAUCACAGACCAUUUUAAUCCAAAUUGCAGAUGUGAAUGAGCCACCCAUCUUCACUGGAUCCCUUGCCCAGGGGGACCAAGUUACUGAGAUUUAUAUUCUGGAAGAUACUGCCCUGGGCACAGUCAUUUACAGAGCAGCAGCCAAGGACCCAGAGGAUGCUGUUUUGGAGUACUUCAUUUCCCCGGAGGGCUCUGGCUUCAGGAUCGACAGCAUCGGGACAAUUUCCACAGCAGCGGCUUUUGAUUUUGAGAGUGAAGCUAGAAGUUUUCUGCUGGUAAUUAAAGUGGUUGAUCCUGGAGGACUGUUUACUGCUGGAAACCUAAAGGUUUUUCUCAUCAAUGUGAACAAUAAGGACCCUAUUCUUACUUGCAGUAUUGAAAGUGCAGCCUUGACUGUUACUUCCACUAACUCAAGUAUGCAUGAUAAAGUCAAUAUCACAUUGGAUGAAGAAAUUCCAAUUGGGAAAUCAAUUGGAGUAUGCCAGGCAACCGAUGAAGAUAACCUGGGCGAUGUGACCUUUGAACUGGAUCCUUGGAAUGUUUACUUUCUAGUUGACAAAGAAUGUGGGACUGUGGUUACUGCCACCCGUCUUGAUGUGGAAAGAGCUGGGUUUGCAAGUGUUCAGUCCUUCUCCAUUAAGGCCUGUGACAAUGGGCAGCGGUGUGCAGCAAUUCCAGUGACCAUCUAUGUCCGAGGCUUUAACGACAAUGCACCUUUCUGUGAUCAAUAUCUGAUUAGGUACACAGUCAAGGAGGUGAUUAGAAAAGGUACAGUGGUUGCAAAACUCUUGUGUCACGACCUUGAUGAACCUCCUGAUAUGAUCCGUUAUGCUCCUAGCUCAGGCCCAGUUGGUUCUGGGCAGCUCUUUGAGCAAGUGCCAAACGCUAACAAUUUCAUACAGGUUGCCAGAGAGUUGGAUUAUGAGGAUCCAGAGAUGGUUGCAGCUGGGCAUAUCUAUGAAAUGAUGAUUUCAGUAUUUGAUGACCUACAUCCUUCCCAUACAGUAACUGUGACGAUCAUUGUGGAGCUUGCUUCUGCCAAUGAUUUCAGCCCUGAAUUUGAAGCUGCACACUACUCCUUCUCCGUUCUAGAAACAUCAGGAGCUUUCUACAAAGUUGGAAGAGUGAUGGCCAUUGAUGAAGACCAACCGCCAAACUGUGUGACAUACAAAAUAACCAAGGGAGACAUUGAGGCUAUACAAAGAUUCUGGAUUCACCCUCUCUCUGGAAUGAUUGAACUUACCACACAGCCAGACUAUGAGUCUGUGAGGCAAUACAACCUCACUGUGGAAGCUGUGGACUGUGACAGAUUUCAUCCUCGAACAGCAAUGACUAUGGUCACCAUUGACAUUGAAGACGAGAAUGAUGAAGCACCAGUCUGCAUACCCUCCCUGUAUAAAGCAAUCAUUUUUGACAAUGUUGUUGCUGGGACAAACAUCAAUGGCUUCAAACUCAACUGCCAAGACAGAGAUUCACAAGAUUUCGAAAUGCGCUUUGAGAUGGUUUCUGGAAAUGAGAAUCAUCAUUUUGGAUUUGACCCAACCCGAGGUUCAAAUACUCCAAACUUAAUUGUGAAGAAUCCUUUUAACUUUGAUCCCAGAGUUGAGUUGCAGCGGCAGUACCAUCUUGUGGUGCAUGUUAUCGAUGACAACUUGAGAUACAGAAGAUCUACUAAGCCUCAGACAGGCACUGCUAUUAUAGAUAUUUAUGUGACAAGAGCCAAUAUACCAACUCCUCCAACCACCAGUUCUGAACACAGAAAUGGUCUGACUAUCGUGUACAUAGCUAUCAACACAUACAAAUCCAGUGACUGGUACAUUCCUUUUAUCUUCACUCUGAUGGCUAUUUUCUUUGUUGGGUUGGUUUCCUGGGUAUGUUUCCUGCUUUGGAAAUAUGGAAACAUUAUGGAAUGCUGUCAGAAAGUGACCAAGGAAGUCUCCACGCCCAGACCUAAAGGAAUGAAGUACAUUGCAGGAGAUAAGAAUCAAGAGGAAAAGAUUGUCAAAGGAAAAAGGAAGAAAAAAUUAGAAGUAUUAACUGAAACUAUUGUGUAUGAGACCAUGUUUGAUGGAGAAGCCAUUGAUCCAGUCUCCGGGAAUGUGUAUGAAUAUAACAGCAGGACAGGAGCAAGAAAGUGGAAGAAGUCCCCCAGGCACCGGGAGGAGUCCGUGGCAGGCAUAUACUCCCUCCCAGAGGCAUACUCUUCAGAGGAAUCCACAUCUUUAAACAUUCCUUUGCAAGGCUAG